CAUUUCCUCACUUCUUGCCUGCUCUUCUUCAUCAUCAAUCCCAUCACACAUAUAAUAACCUUUCUCUUUCUCUUUCUCUUUCUCUUUCUCUCCAUCCAUCUUGUUAUUUUUCUUUUCUCAUGUUUAUAUAAUAAUAAGGUCCACUAUUCACUAUUCACCAAAUACUUAUAUAUUAUAUCCCUUUAAUUCUUCUACAUACUUUCAACACCUUGUGUGUGUUCUAACUUCCAUAUAAGAAAUGGUGGUAGCUUCACCCAAUUCAAUCCAAACCGAAAAGAUUGUAUCCAUCAACCUUCCCACCAAAGACUUAUCCAAAGAAAGAGCAACGGUUGCAAAGCUGAUCGUGAAAGCGAGCGAAGAGUAUGGAUUCUUCAACGUCAUCAACCACCGGAUUCCUCAAGACAUAAUAGACAACAUGGAGGAAGCCGGCUUCGACUUCUUCGCGAAGCCGGCUUCCCAAAAGGCGAAACUUGCAUCCAAUUACGAUAGCGUUCCGCUAGGGUAUGGAUGCAAGAACAUAGGGUUCAAUGGCGACGUUGGUGAGGUGGAAUACCUCCUUUUAAAUGGAAGUGCUUCUCAUAUUUCUAAGAUCUCCACAACCAUCUCCAAUGACCCAUCAAACUUCAGGUAUAGGGUGGUGAGUGCAUACAGAGAUGCAGUGGAGGAGUUAGCAUGUGAGAUAUUGGAGCUGAUGGCAGAGGGUUUGGGGGUCCCCAACACUUCCAUCUUCACCACCUUCAUCAACCACCCUGAUAGCGACUCACUCCUCAGAUUCAAUCACUACCCCCCACUUCCACCUUCUCUUGCCUUUGGGGACCAUUCUGACCCUCAGAUCAUAACCCUUCUCAGAUCCAACCCUGUUUCUGGCCUCCAAAUUUCCCUCCAACAUGGUCUGUGGAUCCCAGUCCUUCCUGACCCCAAAGCUUUCUCUGUUAACGUCGGUGAUUUAUUACAGGUUAUGACAAAUGGAAGAUUUGUGAGUGUCCGGCACAGGGCGGUGACAAACUCAGAGAAGGCAAGAAUGUCAAUAGCAUAUUUUGGGGCUCCGCCACUGAAUGCGUGUAUCGUUGCUCCGCCGGAGAUGCUUACACCAGAGAGGCCCUCCCUACUGUUUAGGGCAUUCACUUGGGCUGAGUACAAGAAAGCCACCUACUCUCUUAGGCUUGGAGACACCCGCAUUGACCUCUUUAGGAAUUGAAUAACCUCAUCACAAUACCAAAAACUUAUUAUCAACCUUUUAUUUUUAGACAAUGACUUAUGUGAUGCAUGCUUAAAUUUUUUUUCCUCCAAUGCAAAUACGCUUUCUAAGGAUAAAAGUAUUUUGCACUA